CUGAUGAGUGUGAUCAGGCUGCAGCUGCUGUGUUUCUGCCUCAGGCCUCAGGUGUCCGGCCCCCCCCCCCUCCGGCCCGGACACACCGCCAUGACCCUGCAGCUGAGGACCAGAGCCGGGCUGUCCGGCCUGCACUGCUCUGUGGGGCUGACCGACUGGGACAUGGACAAGGAGCUGAGGCUGGCCACCACCACCGACCAGUUCUGGCACGAAGAAAAACUGAAUGAUCAAUAUGUGGUGCAGAGACCUUGUGCGAGGGCUUCUAGGAGAAAAGACGAGUUCAUCUGGUAUGAUAAAGCAUCAGACACCUUCGUGAAGCCCAACCUGUGGCUGCUGGUCAACCCGCACAUCGCCUGUCCCAUCACCUACCGGGAGCGCGCGCCCGGGCCGCGGCCGGCGCGCGACCCGGCGCGUGCGCAGGAGCCGGCGGAGCGUCCUGCGCUUCCUCCGCCGGACGCAGCGCCCCCCCCCUCGUCUUCCUCCUCAUCCUCCUCUUCCUCCUCCGCCGGACACACGAUCAAGACUGAAGCUGGACCCAGUCGACCAAACAAGAGCAGGCGCCAGGGGAGGACCACAAAGAUCCUGGAGGCGGUGAAGCCGGGCUGCUGGCCCCGGCCCCCGGUCAACUACUGCAUCCUGAUCGCCCUGGCCCUGAAGAGCAGCCACUCCGGGAGCCUCAAAGUCCAGCAGAUCUACAACUUCACCAGAGAGCACUUCCCCUUCUUCCAGACGGCGCCGGACGGCUGGAAGAACACCAUCCGCCACAACCUGUGCUUCAACAGCAGCUUCCGGAAGACCUGCAACCAGCUCUGCCGCGACGGGAAGCGCAAGUCCUGCUUCUGGCACCUGACGCUGGACGGCCACCGCCGGCUGCGGGCCGAGCUGCACACGCUGGCCGGGGAGACCCUGAAGCAGCUGGAGAGGAGCAUGUCCCAGCCCGAUACAAUUUGGAGUUUACUUGAAAUGUGACGUUCAGUCUACUCUAAAUAAAACGUUCAGUUAUAAAGGU